AUGGCUAAAGGGGUCAGUCGCCGCUCAGAUGCUGUGACAUCGCUGGAGAGCGUCUCGGUCAAGCGGCAUCUGAAGGCAAAUGCGGCCAUGGCAACGAAUGAUGGUGCCGGCCCGUCUGAAGAGAGAGCUGGAUUUGCGGGACUCCGUGAAUUUGGCACCAGAGUGAAAGCAAGUCUGUCACCAUACAUGGAUUCUAUUCAAGUGACGUGGUGGUGGAUGACGGGACGAACAGCGGACAAUGUGGUUGUGGAUCUAGGACUUAUCAACCUGCAGAAGGAUGAUUUUGAUGGUAAAAUAGCGGCCUUUUCCAAGCUUUUAAAGUUCCUUAAAGUCAGCUCGAGAUCUCCGGUAGGGAAGAUGUACAUGACCCUCGAAAAGUUUUACACGGGCAACAAAUUUCUCGAUAUUUUAGCCUUUACUGGUAAAAAGUUUGACAAGAGGAUCCCAUACUUUCAAGAGAAAGGUUAUACUGCGAUAAAAGUGUUCGCAACUUUACAUUUGGACACGAUGAAACUUUACAAAACUCCUAAAGAGUUUUUCUCGUGGCUCUCUUUCCUCGCACAAGAUAGGAAUUCCUUCCAAAGUGAAAUGUACGGGACCAUCGCACAAUUUUGCCCGAAUUUUGAUCCGAUGCCUGCUCUACGCUUUGCCGCGAAAUAUGAUCCAACGAUGCAGAAAUGGAUUAAGGAGGAACGCCGUUCUGUCACGUGGUAUACUUUCCUCACAUUGAACAAUGAUCAGCUUGUGAGAAAAGGCAAGAAAAAUGUGCCAGAUGCUUUUCUGAAUAGUUUACGUUCUUGUUUUCCUAAAAAAGAAGAUAAGUUAGACAAGUUUCUGGUUAAAGGAUCAUACGGUACUGGAGCGCGAUUCAUGGCUAUAGAAGCGCUAUAUUCUCGGUUCAUGACGUGGAAGGAUUGGGAACAGCCUUAUGAGACGGUAUUUCAAUUACUGAAUCUUAAUAAGCAACCUCCAGCGUUUUUAUUUUGGCUACCUCAGUUGAAAAUCUUUUACGACUUCGUGCAUUUUGUAGAUGCCAAGAACGCGAAAACUAUCAUUGCUACCGAGAUAGCGAAACAUUUUAAAUUAAAAGACUUUCCCAAGGUGAAAAAUAGUGAUCAGAUAAAAGAUGAUCCUUACGGCAUUGCAAAGGAAAUAUACAAGGAGUUAAAAGAACAAGACAAGUUGCAAACAAAAGAAAUAAAGAACUUAGGGUCAUAG